ACUGAUGUUAUUGUUGGCACGACAUCAUCAUUUCCGAAUCUGAAUGGAGCGAUCGUCAGUGCUUUGCAAAAAAAUGGCGGGCCAUCAUUGCAACGGGAAUUGAGAAAUCAGUAUAGAUCGUAUCCCGGAAACGGCGUUGCCGUAUCGGGUGGCGGAAAGCUGAAAUGCAAACGCGUGUUCUAUUCAUUAUUAGAACAAUACGACCCCAAAAAGAAGGGACCUGAUGUGGGACUUCACAUGAAGGUCACACAAUGCCUACAGCAGGCCGAUAACGAAGGGAUGCAUUCUAUUGCCUUUCCGACAUUUGGUACGGGAAACUUCGGAUACCCUGCACAGGUUUCGGCGGACCAAAUGUUCGGGGCAAUCAGGACCUUCUUCCAAACCACGAGGCACAACCUUAUUACCGUGGUUAUCUUCCUGUACGCCCCUGACAAUGAAACGUCGCAGGUUUUCGAAAAAAGUAUUGGGUCGUUUUUCCAACCAUAUGUACAACCUACAGUUGAUAUUAAACAAGAUAAACCAGGCGACAACAAGGAUAAGGCAUUGAAAGCAAACUUCAAAGCAUCUAUUAUCACCACCUUUGGAAACCUUGAAGAGUCAAAGACCGAUGUGAUAUUAGACACAACCACAAAUUUUCCGAAAUUAAAUGGUAUUAUUCCGCAAAACUUGCUCAAAGCAGCUGGAAAAGAACUGCAAGAUGAAUGCGAUGCUAAAGACAAAGUCACUGAAAAUAUGGUUGUGAAAACAAAGGCUUACAAACUAAAGUGCCAGAAUAUCUACCAUUUCGUCAUGCCUCAAUGGAACCAAGCCAAGGGAGAAACGAUCAUCAGUGAUUGCAUAUAUAAAUGUCUGAUGAUGAUGAAGGGAGACGCUUUAACUUCUAUAGCUGUGCCUGCGAUAGGUACUGGAGGGGCCAAGUAUGACCCUGCCACAGUUGCCAAAGGAAUAUGCAGUGCAGUCACACGGUUUGGUUCUGAAAGUCCAGAUUACGCAUGUGUAGUAACCGUCGUUUUCUACCCAGGAGGACCACAAGAACCGAACACGAUCAUUAAAUCAAUUAUCGAUAAAUGGAAGACAGACAGGAACUCCGAGGCUGGCCAACCUAAGCCGAUAAAAGGUGUGAAGAUGGUGAACUUUAAUAUGCCCAUUGAAGACGACGAGGACGAGGAUGAUGUUACUUUUGAGAUACCAAAGGACACUCGAGAAUUCCUGCUGCUACAAUUCAUGUCCGAUAAGACUGAGAACGUCGACACGGCCUUUAAUACCAUCAAAGAAAGGAUAGACAAAGACAGGAAAGAAAUUGUGGUGACACUCGAUAACAAGGAUGCUGUUGACGAAGUCGCGCUGAUAGAGAAUGACAAGAAAACCUUCGAGGAAUUCGGACGUAUUUUUAAAGUAAGCCUAAAUAUAGACCUGAAGCAACGGAAGAUAAUCAUAACUGGGCUGGGCGAUACGGUCAUGGAGUGUUACCAAAAGAUUCUGAGUGAGUUACGAGACCGGAAAAAAAUGAUUAUGUCCAAAGAAAUUGGCAGUACUCUGCAAAAGCACGUUGAGUGGUAUUUUACCGAAGACAAAGGCGAUCUCUGGGUCCCUUACCCUCGAUAUCUGAGUUACAUUCUGGAAGAGGCAUUCGAAUCAAAUGUGAACGUGAAAGAGUUUCAAGACUCGAACAAGAAGACCUACGUGGUGGAUUUUGUGAAAGGGAACGAAGUUGAAAAAGAAGACAAACACAAUGCAACUGUUGUCUCUGUGAUUCGAAAAGAUUACACAGAAGGUAUUGGAGAGGUCUUCCCAAAGUGCUGGACAUAUAUGGCGGAAGGAGAAAACUUGGCGGAAGUGGUGCUCGAUUCCUCAGACGCGGAAUACAAAGACGCAGAAGCAGCGUUCUUGAAGACUAUUGUACCAUACAAUCUGUCCCAAAUAAAAGAAAUUCGUCGAGUGCAAAACAGGAAGCCUGUACCAGCAAUACCAAACAAAAAAGAAGCAGCUGGAAACGGACCUGCAAAAUGUGCCGAAUAUCGAACGAAGUCUCUUUCAUGGUUACGAAGAGCAAGUUGAAAAGACCAUUCUGCAGUACGGGUUUAACAGAAGUUACGCAGGGAACACAUUUGGAGGUGUGUGGUACGGUAGCGGUGUCUACUUUGCCGUGAAAUCAAUGUAUUCCUCAAACGACAGCUACUCGAAACCAGAUCCCCAGGGAUGGAAACGGAUGUUCCUAGUCAAAGUCCUCACCGGAAAGACGACGAACGUCGCAAAAGGGUAUACAGAUCGCUUCCCGCCAUUGAUCCCUGGCUCUCAAACAGAUCGUUACAAUUCCACGUGUGAUGAUAUGGCGAAUCCAACGGAGUUUGUCAUCUACAACGACAUACAAGCAUAUCCUGAGUAUGUGAUAGUAUUCAAGUAGAAUAUGUGUCGACAAUUUUGUCUUCGAGAUUGCACCGAUGAUUGCCCAUAUUUAUCUCUUCCUUUGAUAAAACUUUACCUUUUAUUUGUUUGACACGUAUAAAUAGUUUAAUAGGCAUAUUUAAAAGGGCCGUCAAACAGAUUUUGGUAUGUAUUGAAGCUUGUCAUUAAAUGAUUUAUAUUGAUGAAUUUAAACAUGAAAUAAAAAUCUCCAGUAAAAAAACCCCACAAGAAUGCAAUUUAAAGAAAAGCAAAAAAAGUAACCCUCAACAGGGCUCGAACCACUGACCCCUGGAGUCCUGGAGUAAAAAGUCUCCCGCGUAGACAACUCGACAAUCCAUGCUCAUGCUUACAGCGGAUGUAUUUUUUACCUUUAUAAGCAAUCCUCGUAGUUACCCAAAAUAAAACGACAACAACAGAACUUUCCAAAUUAUUCAAUCGUUUCGCGUCGCACGACGCUUUAUCAUUUUCAGGUUUUCAAAUCAUCAAAAGAUGCAUGUAAUAGAUAUUUAAUAGCACGGUAAAUGGUCAGUAUUACUAUUUCCUCAAAAAUAUCAUAACUAAAACGAAAAUUUGCGAAUCUGAAACAACUUUUUUUUAUUUUGUCAAUUUACCAAAACGUUGGACGGCCUUUUUAAGAGGUCUGAGACUACAUGCAUCAUGCAUAUAAAUAUCAAUGUUAUAUUCAAUACUGUUUACAUCUUUGUCAAUAUCAUUUGUUCAUACUGUUUUGAAAAUAAAAAACAGUUUUCGAUUGUUUUCGUUAUUAUUGGCGGUCAUAUAACUAUCGCUGAUUAGUUAAGAUCAAAGGAUAUUAAAAAGUGUUUUAUUUUUAAAGAUCACCGACACGUUACAUAUUUUUCACUAGAAGCAAACGAAAUCGGUAUUACCAAUCUUUACGUGUUAAUGCUUAUAUUUAGAAAAUGAUACAAAGGGUACUUUUUAUGAAACGUCAUUGUCAUCUUAACUUUAGAAUGUAAACAUAUAUUUAAAGUUCUUAUGUACAGUUAUUUGCUUCCCUGCUUAACGUAAAAUGUAUAUGUAUUUUUCCACAUUUUAUCAAUUCUUAUUCUUCCAUAAUAUGUUUACUGUUACAAGCGGUAUCAGGUGAAAAAAAAUGACUUUGUGCGUCUAUAUUGUGUUGUGUGUAGGUUUUGCCUUUGUGCGUCUAUAUUGUGUUGUGUGUAGGUUUUGCCUUUGUGCGUCUAUAUUGUGUUGUGUGUAGGUUUUGCCAGUUUGAAAAUGUUCUUUUGUUUAUGAUUUUUUGUUUUCUAUCAUUAUAUCAAAUUCUUGUGUACCCAGUGUCCAUGUUUAUGUUUGCAUUUAUGCAUAUUUUUGUCAAAUAGUACGUUUAAGUAAGCCCAAAUUUCCAAAGUGGCAUACACUGUAUGAGGAAUUUCCUUCCACAUACAAGACCAUUUCCAAAGCGUAAGUAAUAACUUUAAAUACAACCGUUACAAAUGUUGAUAAAAUGUGUUGUCGAAUGCCCAUACUGAUACAUGGUCCCCCUGGUCAGAUACGUUUUGCGAACGCACUAGUUGGGGCGGUUUUUCAGUUGUAAGAAAUUAUUGACAAUCUCUUCAGAUUAAUUAAUUUUGUACCUUACAUUUAAAAUUAUUUAAUUUCUUGUUCUUAAUUUUUGUUUUGUAUUUUUGUAAAAAAUGUACAUUAUAUUAAAAAUGUAUAGUUCGUUAAGAUUUUAAGGUUUUGAAUUGUAUUCAGUAUAAUAAGUAAAUAAUUUCGAAACAAAUUAAAAUAUAAGGCAUCAUAACAGAUUGCUGCAUAGUUAUAUUUUAUCUAAAAAAUCUCAUUAUAAUAAAAGCAUCGUACGUAUUUGCGUAUUUUAAUAUAAUCCCAUAAAAGUUCCUUAUCGGUUGUUUACCCCCCGCCACGGUGCGUACGUCUGUCUGUCCAUUUGAGUUGCUUCUUUAGCCAAAAAAUAUGGAUUAUAUGGUUACAGAAAAAAGUAAAAAUUGUAAGUACUGGAUCCUAUAUCCGGACUACUACCACUGUACUUAUGCUAGGUUGAUGAAACUAUGUUAUUUGCUAUAUGGACAUAUGGAAAAUGUUUAUACUUUAUUUCAGUUUUGAAUCCGACACACUUUUUGUUAAUUUGGUAUACAGAUAAAAGUGAAUACUAAAACAUGGAUGUGCGAAAACUAAACAAGUACUUGGGUAAUAGGGUCGAAGACAAUGUGUGAAUGUACGUGUUAUUUCACUGUUUCUUUAGUUGAAAUUUGUGAAAUUAAAAUCUGGAUCCUGUCAAAACUAAAACUUAUCUAUUUAUUUAGUUCAUGUCGAACAAACGUUUUUGCUACUGCAAAUGUAUGUAUAAUGUGCAUACUCGCAUUAUCUUCAGAUCAUUAUUUGUUUAAAGCAAGCCGUUUAAUUCGAGGUAUUCGUUGUUUUAGAAUGGGAAAAAAAUGUCUAUACGUGCGUCAAGUAACGCCAGCGUCUUGUCUUGUUUAUACCCACACAUGAGUUGAAAUGAAAACGGUAAAAAAAAACAGUGCAUCGAUGUUUAUAUUAUUUUGUAUGCAACAGUUAGUCUAAUUGAGCUU